GAAUCUGUGGGUACGAGCACUAACGGAAGUUGCUCAAAGGUUAUGACUACUGAAGAUUUAACUAAAAAAAUGGAUGCUUCUGAAGAUUACCUCAAAAAGAUUAACAAUCUCAAGGAAAAUUCAUUCUCUCUAGAUUUGGAUCAUGAAACAAGUGAACUCUCAGUUUUUAUUGAUAGGGUGGAUCUUAAUGAAUUAACUUCCGGUAUUAAAUGGCUAUCCACAUCUAUCUUGUCUUUAUGGUGCACAUAUCUACAUCGCAUGUGUAUCUCCAAGAAUUUCAACAAACUAUUUGGGUUUCUCGAUCCAAAUAGGAUACUAGUUCACACAAAACCGGCCGAAGUUAUUCAAACAUACAUACAAAAUAAGUUGGAUGGAGAGCCAAAAAAAUGUUAUUUAGGACCAUUGCUAAAUAGCAAUCACUGGCAAUUGUUUGUCAUUUGUCCUGAAGAUAAUAUUAUUUUUUGGUUUUGUUCAUUAAACAGAUCUCCUAAGAAAAAUAUUAAGGUCAUAUUGGAGGGAGCUCUAGAAGGUUAUCAUUUAUUAAGAGGUAUUAAGAAGAAGAAGCCUAAUUGGAAGAAUAUUAUGGGGCAUCAACAAGAUAACGGAUGGGCAUGUGGAUAUUAUGUCAUGAAAAAUAUGUUUGACAUUAUUGAUGCUUGUAUUGUUGAAAGAUUCAAUGAGAUAUUCACAGACACCUCAUCAUAUGAAAAAGAGUCAAUUGAUCACAUCCGACAACUUUGGGCUCAAUUCUUUUUGCAAAAGGUUGAAGAGCAAGAGAACCAGGAAAAGAAAGAUUUAAUGACAAAACAGAAGCGAUUAAAAAAAACUUAUAUAUAGAUAUAUUUUUGUUCCAUGAAUGAUUUAUUGGUACAAGUUACAUGAACA